GCCCCGCCCCCCGCCAGGUCUGUUGCCGCUCCUAAUCCGGUUCGCAUGAGGGGAUGAGGGAGACAGAUACUGAUAUUAGUUAACAGCUCCCAACAUCCUCCUUUUCUCUCUUACAUCCUUUGAGACACUUCCCUCUGGAACCUCACAACCUCAAAUUGCACGGCAUCAUGGACGUCAAGACUGUUGAAUUCAAGCCCUUCCAGGACCAGAAGCCCGGAACUUCUGGUCUUCGCAAGAAGGUUACUGUCUUCCAGCAACCUCACUACAGCGAGUCCUUCGUCACAAGCAUUCUUCUGUCCAUCCCCGAGGGUGUUGAAGGUUCUUUCCUCGUCAUCGGUGGUGAUGGCCGCUUCUGGAACCCCGAAGUCGUUCAAUUGAUCGCCAAGAUUGGUGCUGCGUACGGCGUCAAGAAGUUGCUCAUCGGCCAGAAUGGCAUCCUGUCCACGCCUGCCGCCAGCCAUGUCAUCCGCAAGCGCAAGGCCACUGGUGGUAUUCUUCUGACUGCCAGCCAUAACCCCGGCGGUCCCAAGAACGACUUCGGCAUCAAGUACAACCUUGCCAACGGUGGCCCUGCCCCCGAGUCCGUUACCAACAAGAUCUACGAGGCCUCCAAGGCCCUUACCUCUUACAAGAUCGCCGACAUCCCCGAUGUCGACAUCGCCACAAUCGGCACCAAGACCUACGGCUCCCUCGAGGUUGAGGUCAUCGACAGCACCACUGACUACGUCGACAUGCUUAAGGACAUCUUUGACUUUGACCUGAUCAAGAAGUUCUUCCAGUCCCACCCCGACUUCAAGGUCCUCUUCGACGGUCUUCACGGCGUCACCGGCCCCUACGGAACCGCCAUCUUCGAGAAGGAGCUUGGCCUCAAGGGCGCCACCCAGAACUGCGUGCCCAGCCCCGACUUCAACGGCGGCCACCCCGAUCCCAACCUUACCUACGCCCACUCCCUUGUUGAAGUUGUUGACAAGAACAAUAUCCCCUUCGGUGCCGCCUCUGACGGUGACGGUGACCGCAACAUGAUUUACGGCGCCAACGCUUUCGUCUCUCCCGGCGACUCCCUGGCCAUCAUCGCCCACCACGCCAAUCUGAUUCCCUACUUCAAGAAGCAGGGUGUCUACGGCCUGGCCCGCUCCAUGCCCACCUCUGGUGCCGUCGACCUGGUCGCCAAGAAGCAGGGUCUGAACUGCUACGAGGUCCCCACCGGCUGGAAGUUCUUCUGUGCCCUCUUUGACGCUAACAAGCUAUCCAUUUGCGGUGAGGAGUCUUUCGGCACUGGAAGCAACCACAUCCGCGAGAAGGAUGGUCUUUGGGCCGUCAUUGCUUGGCUGAACAUCAUCGCCGGUAUCGGUGUGCAGAACCCCGACGUCACCCCCUCCAUCAAGAAGAUUCAGCAUGACUUCUGGAACGAGUACGGCCGUACCUUCUUCACUCGCUACGACUACGAGGAUGUCGACAGCGAGGGCGCCAACAAGGUCGUCGGUGUUCUCAAGGACCUUGUCGCCGACCCCAACUUCAUCGGCAGCAAGGUUGGAGACCGCACCGUCACCGGCGCUGGCAACUUCUCCUACACCGACCUUGACGGUUCCGUCUCGUCCAACCAGGGACUGUACGCUACUUUCUCCUCUGGCAGCCGUAUAAUCGUCCGCCUUUCUGGUACCGGUUCUUCCGGUGCUACCAUCCGUCUGUACCUCGAGCAGCACAGCAGCGAUCCCAAGACGUACGACCAGGACGCCCAGGACUUCCUCAAGCCCGAGAUCCAGAUGGCAACUGAGCUGCUCAAAUUCAAGGAGUUCAUCGGCCGCGACGAGCCCGACGUCAAGACUUAAGCGUAUUCAUGUAUAAAAAGAGGGGGGGGGGGGUGGAGUGGUAAAAAAA